AAAUCACUUGCAGGCUUGCAGCGGGGGAAGGAGAGAGACGCCCCGCCGGCGUCCCAUCCGUCAUGCCGUCUAUAUAUGAUCGUCUUCCUCGACGCACCGCUCCUCCCCUUCCCAUUGUGUUCCUUCCCGGAGCUUCUUCCUUCCGCACCCUCCCUACCUUCCUCUCCCCACUCCUGCUUAUCCGGUCGCGAGCGUCGCCAAGGUGUUCGACCAAACGCUCGGUUCUUCAUCGGCUCGCGUGGGCGAGGUGUUUGCACAAGAGAGAUGGCAGGAGAGGAGAAUAAGGCCGCGGAAGACAAAGCUGGGAAGUCACAGCAGCCUAUAGCGAGCACGGCGGCGACGACGACUGCGACUGCGGGAGACUCGGACUCCUCCGUCAACUCCUCCCUGCCUGGCGGAGCCCGUCCGUCGAUGGCUUCGUUCCCGCGCCUGGCCGCCGCGGCUGCUAGCAGUAGCAUGAACUACAACGUGCAGCAGUCGGUGACGAAAGCCAUCCCCGGCCACGGCCAGACGGGUCAUGAGCACGGCGACACGCUCGGAACCCAGCAAGGACGCAAUGCAGAUAGAGACGAGCAUUGGGCUCGCAUCCGGCGAGGACAUGACGCCACUGUGGCUGCGGGGAACCUGAAGCGCCAGAGGCUUCGGGGGAAUUUUGGCUUCGGCCAUGGGCAGCCUCCGCCGCACCCACCGCAGCAGAGCAACACACGCGGGCCUUCUUCGGCGGCGCCGACAACAUUGAACCUGCUCAACCGUGAGCCCCCAAUCGACGUCGACGCGCCCCUCAUGUGCCUGGCUUGCAAGACCAUGCCGAUGCGUCAGCUGCCCGAUCCGAGGACCAUGCACCACUGCGUCUGCGAGGAUUGCUUCAAGGCCGGCAGCACCGCGUGCCCGCAAUGCCGCCAGUCAUCUUCGCCGGCGCAGGAGAAGUCCGCCGUUCCGCAAUUCGAGGCCGCUCUCCAGCCUCACGGCCAGUCAUCUUCGUCGGCCGCACUUCUGCAGAUGCUCCCCCAAGCUGGCCAGGCUUCUUCUCAGGCGCCACCGGUCCCUGACGUUCAGCCCACAGCAGCAGUGGGGGCUGCGGCAAACGACCCCAACUUCGACUGGAGAACCCUGAUUGUCAGGUGUUGGGAGUGCGACAACAGGGUGGCGCCUUGGACGACCUACUGCCCCAAUGUGCAGGAGCAUCGCUGCGUCUGCGAAACUUGCUUCAACAACGGCAGCACCGCGUGCCUGUUCUGCUCUGCGGCAAACAAUCCCAACUUCGACUGGACAACCUUGAUCGUCAGGUGCUGGGAGUGCGACAACAGGGCGGCGCCUUUUACGACCUACUACCCCAAUGUGCAGGAGCAUCUCUGCGUCUGCGAAACUUGCUUCAACAACGGCAGCACCGCAUGCCUGAUCUGCCCGUGUCGCCGCUAGCUCAUCCGUCCACUCUGUCGUCAUUCCAUCGUCGACCAUCCACGCUGCGAAGAAGAGUUCGCACAUGCAUGACUGGCUGUCCGUUCCAAUUCUGGUUGGGGUUUUAGCAUGACGCUGGUACUAAUUCAUACGUUUUGCUGGAUACUGUCACUUCGAUGAUCCACCUCUGCUUUGGCGAAUGCUGCUCUGUGAAGUGUAUAGAUAGAUCAGUGAUUCAUUGACUCUUGUCAGUUGUUAUUCUGCUUAUGACUGAUUUGGUACAGAGAAUAGAUCAUAUCAUACUGGCUGUAAAUUCCAUUGUACUUUUACAACAGAGUUUAUUCAUUAAUCUUUUGGUUGUUUCUGACGCUUAA